AUGUUUGUUGCCGGUGUUGAAAUGAAAGAUCUCGAUGGAGUGCCGAGCCACCAUUUGAUCAGCGGAUAUCCCGAAGAAUGGCAACGCAUUUACGCGGAAUGCGACUAUAUCCGCACAGAUCCUACCGUGGCACAUUGCCAGACCAGUCUGGAGCCCCUGGUCUGGACCGAAAAGGCCUUUUCACGGUACAAGGGCAUGCACCUGUGGGAGGAGGCCAGGUCCUAUGGGCUGGCUCAUGGCAUCAGUGUGGCCUUGCAUGAUGAGGCUCACACCAAGAGCAUGCUUAGCCUGGUGCGCGACAAACCCGUUGAUCUGGAUGCGAGGGAGUGUCGUCAGCUGAUCUCCUGCGUACAGGUACUCGCUGGAUGUGCACAUUUUGUGGCGGUUAAGCUGGCCAAAGAAGUUUUGCGACCCGUACAAACACUCCCCAGACUCACACGCCAGGAAGUUGAAUGUCUCAAGUGGGUGUCCAACGGCAAGACCUCUUGGGAGAUCGCCCGCAUCAUGACCAUCUCGGAGCCCACGGUGGCCUUCCACAUUCGCAACGGCAUACAAAAACUCGGCGCCAGCAAUCGACCACAGGCGCUGGCCAUUGCCAUCAGGCUAGGGUUGAUCUGA